AUGUCCAAACCCAACGAACCCAACAACUCUCCUGAUCCCACUGAUCCCAACAAGCAAACCAUCGAAUCAGUCUCCCUCCCCCAAAUCUCCAUCCCUUCCACAUCCGAUUCCCCAUCACCAUCACCAACCUCUCCAUCAUCCCCUCCUUCCCCUCCCCAGGCAGUUUCUCAUUCCCAUUCUGCCGAUUCUCCCUCCUCUCCUCCUUUUCCUCUUCCCACUACCCUUUCUCUCAUAUCUCUAGAAAUAGAAUCAAAAUCACACUCACACACACACCCAUCCUCACCCUCAAAAGAUGAAGAACCCCCAAACCCCCCAGCCGAGCCUUCCACAGAAACUCAACCAAGCUCUCCAGCCCCCGACCAACCCGGCCUCUCGCUCCCCCUCUUCGCAUUCACCUCCUCCGAAUCUAAAACUGCCCUCAUCAAUUGCGGAUUUAUAACUUUCACUCCCGAGGAACUAGACAAUGCAAGUUAUGAUUUUCUAGUAGCGCGGGUAAUCAUCUCCAUCGAAAAGAAGCUUCGAUCGCAAAGAGAAGAGGCGCAGAAACAUGUUGAAUGGAUGGAAGAGAGUGGAGAUGGGGGAGAAGGAUUAAUGGGGGAUGGGAUUAAAGGGGGUGAGAUGGGUGAUGGUGGUGGUGUUAGUAGUAGUAGGAGAAGUAGGUUUAGGGAGCGCAUUGAGACGGGAACAAACAUCCCACUUCCACGGAGGAGUAUUAGGGAUAUUUGGUCAACACAAGAGCAAGGGAUCAAGGGGGAGAAAGAUCGGAAGAAGAGGUGGGAGUUCCAGAUCUAUGAGGAUCCGGUUGAUGGAAAGCCCGAAGGGUUUGAAACUACAGAGAUGAGGGAGAUGCGGAGAAUGAGACCGGCGGGGGAAAGGUGGGCGAUCGAGCUGGCGAGUGGAGGACAGCGAGUGCGAGAGUGUGCGGGGGAGAAUCAGGAGAAUGAGGAAGGGGGGAGGAGUCGACAAACACGACGGGAUGAGGAUGUUGGAGAAAGUGGGAACGACGAGGUGGAUGAUGAUGGUCAACAACCUGCAGAACCCCACCCCACCAGAUCCGCACUUUCUCCCCCUCCCACACAAUCGCGAAUCCCGCUCGCUCCUCUCUCCCGACUCCCAAAACACAAAGAAUGCAAGCCCAUUACCCUCUACAUCCACUGGAACCCCGAACCUCUCAUCCCUGCCGCAUAUGUCGAAAGAACAACUCGUAUGUGUCCUAUCGUUGGCGCAUCAAGAAGAUCGCUUUUCCAGCCUGCGACUCCUGGGGAUGGGGAUAGGGAUAGGGAUGGAGGAAACUUAGUUAAGGAAGCUGAGAAUUUACCGGCGGAGGAUGAAAGUAAUAGGGAAGAAGAAGAAAAUCCCGCCCAAGCCCGCGCCGCCACUCUAAAUGACCCCAUCGAAACCAGCUCAACAACCGCCCUAGAGAACCUCCAAAAAAUGAAUCUCACAACCCUCCACCCCUCCUUCCCCACCCACCUACAAUUCGGCGAUCUCUACGGCGACAGCGACAGCGACAGCAGCAGCACCGCGACAAACUCAGAAGGAAUUCAAGAGAUGCUUCGAUUUUUACACGAGAGAGGAGGAAGAGAUGAGUUGAUUGUGGAGUAUCUUCUUUUGUAG